AUGACGAAGAACAUAUUCAAGGACGCCAUCGAUGGGCUCAAGGAGUUCUCGCCCAGCGAGCGGCGGAACAUCAUAUUAUACAUAAUUGGCAUCAUGAUUUACAAGUUUGGCCUUGAGGCAUUCAACGGCUCUAUCGUCGCGUUGGCAACCAACAGAUACGACUACGAUGCAUUCCUGAGUGGGACAAGUUCGAAGACGUUCGAAAGGGUGGGGCUGCUCACUGGUCUCAACCAGGCGAUGCAGUGUGUGGGAUCCAUCAUCAUUGCGCCGCUCAUCAAGCAGUUCCCGACCAAGAAUGUUCUUUCGGGGGCAAUCAUCGUCUUUGCCAUCUUUACUGCCAUUCUAUUGAUCGUCGAUGCUGCUGCCGGGGGCUCAUGGAUUCCCCAGGAGUACAAGGGCUUAAACCAUCCUGAUGACCGCUUUGAGUACUAUGGGAGAUUCAACACUGACGGUAUGAUCCCCAUAUACGCCGUGUGCGGGAUUGCUUACGGCAUGGUCGAGUUGAUUCGACGCAUCAUCCCACGAGACAUUGUCGGAGGCAACGUACAGAAGCUUCGGAGGAUGGACUCGGUAGUCCAUAUCUUUUACGAAAUUACCGGCACAACAGGCGCCUUCGUCACAGCCCUGGUGCUGAUCCCGCAGCUCGGCAACAACCGCGCCUUCAUCAUCACGCCGAUUGCCUUCUUCUUCUGCGCCAUUUCGUGGUUCUUUAUCUCGGACCUCGGCUUCGAGAAGAGAAAGAGCCAGGUCCUCGGCAACCAGCCAGGCUACAUCAAGGCGACCCUCGGCGGCUUCUGGUUGUUUUUCGAGUCCAUCGGCGUCGGCGCCAAGAUCCUCUUCACGUCCCGGAAGUUCAUCUGGCUCGUGCCUGGAUACGCGAUCGCGCUGUACGGUCACAGGUACCUGGAAAACGGCAUCGCGCCCCAGGUGGCCAGGCGGUACCUCGGCCAGUCGGGUUGGAGCCAGCUGAUGGUCGGCGGUUCGAACAUGGGUGAACUGCUUGGGGCGCUAACAGUGUUCCUGUUCAACAACUGGGUGCAGACACCCAUGCCAUGGCUGCGUCUGGACUCUUUGUUCCUCUUGAUCGUCUGGUACAUACCCUUCUGGCGCCCGCCGCGCAACCAGGUCGGCCAGGCAUGGCUCGUGGCUGCGACAUUCAUGCCUAUCUCCUUCGGCUGGGCUGCCGGAGAUGUCUCCCUGGCUGCAUACAUACAAGCAUGCCUUGCAAGGCUCGAAUCCAAGAACAAGAAUGUGUCUGCCCUGGGCGCCGUCAUGGCAUUUCUUUACUCAUUCUACAUCGUCACAUAUGCCAUCCUCGGCACAUUUCUCGGGAGGUACCUAGACAGCGUGUAUAGCUCGACCGGCGGCUCUGACGGAGGGAGCAUCUCGAGCGGGCUGAUGUACACGGCUGGCGUGCAGUUCUCGAUCAUCUGUGUGCUAGUGUUUGCAAGCACGUUUGUGCCCAAGGGGGCGGUAGCGUUCAAUCCUAAGAUGUUGUAUGGCGAGGCUUUGGACGACGACCUCGAGGAAGAGGAGGUCAUCUCUUCGGAAAAUUCGCCUGUCAUCCGGCCUGGAACCAAGCGAAGCGACGGAGGGUUUAACGAGUACGAUGAAAAAAGUCCGGCUAUUGUAAUCUAA